AUACAGAAUACGUGUUGUUGAAACGAAUAUGUAUAAAAUGGUUAAUAAUUAAUAAUAACUUCAUAAAUGAAUCUAUUUGCUAUUAUUAUUAUAAAAUUCUAUUGAUUUUAAUACGUUAUCAGGAGGAAUAAUAUUAGAAUUUUAUUGGUUGAGCAAUCCUCUCUUCUUUCUUAAAUAUUUGAACAAUCUACGUAUUAUAAGUCUGUGUUGUAAAUAUCACUUUUCAAAUUUAAAAGCUAGUGAGGUUAUGGUCUUUGACAGUUAAUCUAAUGGUGUUUUAAAUUUUAAAAUACUUAUUAGUAAAUAUAAAUAAUGGAUGAUUCAUUUAAUCUUCUAAGUACGAUGUCACCGAAAAUAAAAGUUAAAUUAAAAGCAGGAGAAAACAAAUUUAGAAAAGUUCGAGGUGCGUCAAUAUUAGCUUUAAAGAAAAAUAUUAGAAGAAAUUCUAUUUACGAUAAAUAUGUAGCUACAGAAAGUAAUCAGGAUAUUAAUAUAGUCGAAAAUGAUAGCACUGAAUCUUAUGAAUCUUCUAGUAACAAUGGAUUUCAAUCUGUAAAAGUUGUUCAUGAAGAAGAUAAAAAUAAAUCGAUUAUUGAAAUUUCUGAUAGCUCAACUGAUUCUAGUUCAGUUGAUAUUGAAGAUGCAAACACUAAACCAACAGCUUCAUUAACUAAAGAUAAAUUUAAUGCCAUAUCAAAUUGGGUAGCAAAAGUUAAUCAUGAAAAUGAAACAAGUUGUUUAGAAUAUACAGAAUUAUCAACUAUUUACAAUAGUGUUAAUGAAAAUAACUUUCUUGCUAGUAAUAAAGGUACUGCUGUUAAUUCUACUUUUCAUCAAGGUUGUGAUAAGAAAUUUAAUGAGUUAUUCGUUAAGAAUAACAAACCGAAGAUAGACGAAACUGAUAGUACAGAUGUAGAUGAUAUAAUAGAAAAUUCAUUAAAAGAUUUGGUUAUAGAAGACUCAUUCGAAAUUCAAAAUCGAAGUUUAAAAAGUCGCUUAGAAGCAGUUGAGGAUGUUGAAAAUAGAAAUGCAGUGACUACAUUGAAUGAUGAACCUGAAAGAGAUUUGGUUUCAAUAGAUAAUCAAGAUGAAAACGAAAAAGAAACAGAUAACGUGGGUAUAACUGGAGCAUUGGGGGUUUUAGACGAACUUUACGGCAACUCUUGGAGGGUAAAUAAAGACCUAAUUUUAUCCAAAACUGAACCCCGAAAGAAAACUAAACUCCCUAUUAUCAAAAAUAUUACUUCGGACAGGAAACCGAAACGAUCUCUUCUAUACAAAAACCCUUAUUUGGAUAGAGAGAAAUCAAAAACUCAGUUGAUAAGCAAAGCAACUCAAAAAUCUAGAUUAGAAGAAAACGUUCGGUCACCGUGGUUGGAAAAAUUGAAAAAUCUAUGUGAUCCCGAUACAGAUUCGGAAAAUUCACCGAGGAAAAUCACGCAUACGAAAUUAAAAUUCGAUGACGAAUCUAGCGAGGACGAAACUAUAAAAACAACAUCGAAAUACUUCCAAAACAAAACUAGAAGUAAUGAAAACAAAGAAAACGAGAAAAAUGAUGAAAAUAGAGAUGAAAAUGUCACUAAAAGGAAACCUGAGAAGAAAAAACAACAUCGGAUUAAAAGUGGCAUUUCCAUUGAAUCAAAUAGUGGCAAGUCGACUGAUAGUAAAAGAAACGGAUCUUCUACUAGUAACAGCGAUAUAUGUCAAUCAACAAAACCUGAUAAUACAAAUAUAACAAAGAAGAUCACAUCAUCUACGAAGAAAAUUGUUGAUGUUAGUUCCAGUGAUAAUGAAUGGGAUGCGGAAGUUAGUAAAAUUGAAAGGAAACUCGAUGUGAAAGAUGGUUAUUUUAGCUUUUUAGCUUCUUUAUCAGAAAAUGUGCCGAUUUCGAAAUGUGAUAUGUCGGCUCGAAUUUUCAGAAAUAAUUUUAAAAAAUUCAAAAACGAAUUAUCGAAAAAAUUGUUUAAACUUUAUAACGAUAAAGUAUUCGAUAAUAUAUUACCGGAAGAUAUGCCGAUAGAAUGGAACGAUAGGAUGAGAAGUUCGGCGGGUUUUUGUUAUUGCAAAAAGGUCACUAGACGUAACGGAAAAAUCGAAAGGUCUGCGAGAAUCGUUUUGUCUUCGAAGGUAUUAGAUAGAGCCGACAGAUUGAGGGAUACGUUGAUUCACGAGAUGUGUCACGCCGUUACGUGGAUAUCGAAUUGUGUUUCGGAUGGCCAUGGUGAUCAUUGGAAAUCAUGGGCUUUUAAAGCGAUGGAAACAUUUCCAGAAUUACCUAUUAUCAAGAGGUGUCAUAAUUACGUUAUUUCAACUAAAUAUACAUAUCGGUGUACAUCAUGUGGUUACAGUAUCGGACGCCAUUCGAAAUCGUUGGAUAUUGAAAGGAAACGUUGCGGUUACUGCCUCGGAAAAUUCGAAGUUUUGAUAAACAAAACUAAUAAAAAGGGAGAAAUUAAGGCGGUAGCGGCGACUCCUAAAAAAGAACCAACAGGUUUUGCUCUUUUCGUUAAAGAGAAUUACAGUUCUUAUAAAACGCCCGAACGAAAACACGCCGACGUCAUGAAGAUGCUCGGACAAAAAUUUCAAACUAUGAAAGUUAAAUAAAUAGAAAAAUAUCAAAAA